CAUAAAUGUCUUUCGAAAUUACAGAAAAAAUGAUUGUGAACACAGUUGCAGGAUUUGGAUAAGUGAUUAAACUUCCUGAAGGGCCUGCUCCAGAAUAAUUAAUAGCGGAAGAAGAACUUUAAUUAAAUCAUUAGCAAUCAGCAGAGAAGCCAAUUAUUUCUUGCCCAAGCUCUCCAGCACCACCAGAGGUAAAGGAAUAGGCAAAUGAAAAUGCUUAAUAAGCUGAUGAGCUUCUAGAAAAGAAAAAUGAAAAAUAAAUCGAGAAAUAAUAGGAUAAUCAACAGGAAAAAUAAAAUCAAGUUUAGGCUUAGCCUGCUAAGAAUAUUGCUCCCCAAAAAGAUGUACCUGAUAAUUUACCUAAUUUGCCACCUCCAUUAAAUUACAGUCGAUAAUCUUCUUAACAACCAUCUUAAGAAAAAUAAAUACUAAUAGCUGAGGACCCUUUACCUUUUUCAAAUUCCCUUCCUUUUUAAUAGUAAAGUUCGGUUGAAAGCUAGCCGUAGAAUAAAAAAGCCCCAAUUUUGAAGAGAUUAACCUGUGAUUUAAAAGAAUCUUUAGCCUUAGCUAAGAAAUUAGAAAUUAAAUAUAAAUACCCUUACUCUAAUGAUGAAAGAUUAAUUACUGUUGAUUUUUAAUUAGGCCAGAUUACAACUAUGGUAAAGCAUAUCAGUAAUGUGAUAUUUCUAUUAGUCAAAACUUUUUUUGGCUAGAGGAAUUACUACCUUGCGAUUGUCCCUGUUAAUUACACAGUGGAAUAAUUAAGGUCUUUUAUAAUUGAUGGUAUUGGUUAGAAUUAAAAAAUGUUUCACAAUAUUAAGCUAAUCCAUCCAAUGAUAUAACUAAAAGAAUUAAAGGACUCCUAAAUUAAAUUAUCAGAAGUAGGUUUAAAAGAUUUUUCCUAACUCAUAUUUUUAGCAGAAAUGACCUUCACAUGGGAUCCUAUUAAAAAAGGAAAAAGCGUGAUAUUAUCUAAUAACAAUCUAACAGCAAACAAAAAAGGAUAAUCAGAUUAUCAAACUGUUCUAGGAACAUUGGCUUUAAAUUCUGGGAGACAUUAUUGGGAAAUUAAAAUUGAAAAGUAUGUAGACGAAGAAGACAUUUUUAUUGGAAUAGCGAGGUAAAAUAUUAAUCAUAUAUUUAGAAAGGAGAUCGACUUGUAUACUUAACCUACUACAACUGGACACUUUUAUGGGUAUAUUUGCUUAUGUGCAAGAAAAUUUGGAGCUGAUGGAUAAAUAUCUGACUAUGGAUAUUCAGCUGUAUAGAAUGAUACCAUAGGUGUGCUACUUGAAUUCAGAAGUGGUAUUGGAACUUUAUCGUUUUAUCGUAAUGGUGUAAAAUGUGGAGAAGCAUUUAAUAAUUUGACAGGUACAUUUUACCCCGCUUUGAGUAUGUUUUAUGGAGAAGUUUAAGUUACAUUAGAUUCAAAAGCUCCGCUACCAGCAAGUUGAAUGAAAUGAUUUAAGACGUUAUUAUUAUGAAUUAAUAUUAUUUUG